AUGGCUUCUAGUUUACCAAUAGAUUUAAAUGCAUUAAGAAGAAAGUCAGCAACACUCGGUAUUAGUGAUGAACAUGCUUCUGAAGAUUUUACUGUAGUAUGGUUUGAUCAAUAUAUGGACGAAGUUGAAAAUCAAGAAGAUAUUGAAAUAACAAAAGGUUUAUUAAGAGAAUUAAAUUAUUAUGUGUUAUUUUUUACUAAACCUGAAUUAUGUAUUAAUUAUUUAAAAUCUAUUUCAAAAGAAACAAUUUUUUUAAUUAUAUCAGGUUCAUAUGCUGUUGAACAUCUUGAUAAAAUUCAUUCAUUUAAACGAAUUGAUUCUAUAUUUAUAUUUUGUAUGUGUCCUGAAAAAUAUUUAUAUUUAAAAGAAAAAUAUACAAAAGUAAUUGAUGUAUUUACUGAACAAACAAGUUUAAUUGAAUCACUUAUAAGUAAUGUUGAAUCAGUUAUAAAACAAGCAGCUGUUUUUGCUUUAUUUGAUGGUAAACAACGUUCAACAAGAUAUUUAACACGAGAAUCAGGUGCAUUUCUUUGGUUUCAAUUAUUAACUGAUGUUAUAAAAACUAUAACAAUAGCAGAUAAAGAAAAUACAGGAAUUGAAGAAAUGCUUACUCAUUGUGAAGCUUAUUAUCGAGGAAAUCCUGUUGAAUUAAAAAAUAUUGAAGAAUUUAGAAAAAAUUAUAAACCAGAAGAUGCAAUUUUUUGGUACAGUAAACAAUCAUUUGUUUAUAGAUUAGUUAAUAAAGCAUUACGUACAGAAGAUAUUGAUGUUUUAUAUACAUUUCGUGUUUAUAUAACUCAUUUACGUAGUCAAAUUACCAGUGAACAUCAACAAUUAUGUGUAGAAUGUCAGAAAACAAAAACGAAAAUAAUUCGUUUAUAUCGUGGAUUAAAAAUGUCAAGUAAUGAUAUUUUUCAAAUGCGUAAUAGUAUUGGUGGUUUAAUAUCAAUGAAUGGAUUUUUUUCAACAAGUCGAGAUAUUGAACAAGCUGUUAAAUUUGCAACUAAAGAAUCUAAAAGAAAAGAUGUUGCCGGAGUUUUAUUAGAAAUAAAUGGAACUAUUGGUUCUGAUAAAAUAAUUUUUGCUGACAUUGCUCAAUUUAGUCAAUUUCCAGAAGAAAAAGAAGUUCUUUUUGAUUUAGCAACGGUUUUUAAAAUUGUUCAUGUGGAAUUUGAUAAAGGAAAAAAAUUAUGGACUAUGCAAUUAACAGGUGUAGACAAAUCAUCAUAUGACGUGAAUGAAUACAUUGAGAGUAUAGGAAAAGAAGCUGAAGAAUCAAAUUCAAUUUUAUUAUUUAGUCGAUUGAUGUGUGAUAUGGGUGAAUAUGAAAAAUCUGAAAAAUAUUUAAAACGUCUUUUAUCAGAUUUACCACAAGAUCAUAAAGAUGUUCCACAAAUCUAUUUUCAUCUGGGUCGUGUUGCUUAUUUUCGUGGUGAAUAUAAACAGGCUCUUGGUUAUUAUGAACAAGCAUUGGUUUUACAAAAAGAUGAAAUUAAACCAAAAGAAAAAUCAUUUGAUAUUGCACGAACAUUACAUAAUAUUGGAAAUAUUUAUUUAGAGCAAAAACAAACAUCAAAAGCAUUAGAAUAUUAUGAACAAGCUUUAAAAAUGAAACGUGCGGUACUUGUUGAUAAUCCUGAUCAUCCAUCAAUUGCAACAACAUUAACUGCUAUUGGAGCAAUUUAUAAGAAACGAGGAGAUUUAACAAAAGCAUUAGAAUUAUUUGAACAAUCAUAUGAAAUGAAAAAACUUACAUUAGCACCAGAUCAUCCAUCACUCGGUGAUUCAUUAAAUAUACUUGGAACUGUUUAUCAAGAAAUGGAUAAUUAUGAGAAAGCAUUAGCCUGUUAUAAAAAUGCAUUAAAAAUAAAACAAAAAACUUUACCAUCAACACAUCCAUCAAUAAGUGCUACCUUAAAUAAUAUGGGAAUUGUUUAUCGACAAGAAGGAUAUUAUGAUAAAGCAUUAUUAUGUUACACUCAAGCACUUGAAAUCGAACAAGCAACAUUAUCAUCGGAUAAUUUAGAUCUUGCUGAUACUUAUAAUAAUUUAUGCAUACUUUAUUAUGAUCAAUCACGAUAUGAUAAAGCAUCGGAAAUGGCUCAAUUAAAAUUAAAUAUAUUAAAAAAACAUUUUGAUGAUGACGAUGAACAAAUUCAACUAACAAGAAAUCUCAUUGAUGAUUUAAAUGAAGAAAUAAAUAAACAAAUCAGUACACCAGAAAAUAAGCAAGAUUCUGUUACAGAGUAUUUUUGA